CGACAUUAUAGUAAGAAGCUGGCACGGUGUAACAGCUUGAUUAAUUCAAAUGAAAGAAGGCAAUAGACAACACCUGGCACGGCAGAGCUCGCCGAGUUCAGCGUGGAAGUAUUCUUCCAAUUAGGAUUCUUCCAAGAUGAUGGGCGACAUUCGGUCGGAGUGUUGUUUAACAUUUUCGGUGGGCUCGACCGUUUGUUCGGCUACCAGUUCGGAAUCGAGAGGUUCUUUAUCGUCUCUGAACCUUCUGUUCAGCUUCCGUUAACUGCCUCUCCUGUAAAAAGAACCAUAAUAUAAAUUUUUACGUCUGAGAAAACGAGAAGGGUGCGACAAUUUUUCGUUCAAGAUUCUUAAUCCACGCAUCGGACAAUACGAUAUAGCAAAGGCAAAAGGAUAAGACAAAAUUGCCGAGUAGGACGUUAUUCUAAACAAUUACCGGUGUUUCGGUAAAAAGGAAUUACGGCUAAUCUACUUGGACAGAAUCGUCCGAUCAAUUAAUUUCCAUCUAAAUGUGCCAAAGUCCAGGAGAGGCAGUUGACCGAAGCUGAACAGAAGGUUCAGAGGUCAAUAAAGAACCUCUCGAUUCCCGAUUGGUACAUGAAGAAGCGCACGAGUCCACCAAAAAUUUUAAACAAUAUUCCGAUCGAAUGUCGUCCGCCAUCAUGGAAGAAUCCUAACUGGAAGAAUACUUCCACGGCGAGCUCUACUACAUCAGUUACAGAUACACUGCCGUUGCCAAAAUCGCCUAAAGAAUCAGCGCCCAAUAGUUCGACCACAGGCACCUACAAAGUCGCGCAUCAUCAAACGUCCCCGAAGAAAUCGAAAGACGGAGUCGAAUCCGAACCAAAAGUAUCCGGAAAGCUUGAAGACACGAAGAUCCCAGAGGUGAAGCUGAGAGAGAUCAGCAAGACGUUCCCAAAAAUGUCGCCGUCCCGAAAAAUUCAGAAUAUAAACAUCGUUUUUCCACGGAGACCUUUGAAGGUGUCGAACGAAUCCGACGUGAAACCAGAAGAGGACAAGACUCCAAUUUCCAAGUACGACACGUUCCAAGUAAAACGGACCGGCGACGAGAACAAAAUGACGGAGGACUGCGAGAAAACUCCGGAGAAGACGAACUCGCCGAAGAAGCAGGGAACAGACAGUCUAGCUGCCGCGAUGAUCGCCUGCACCCCGAGGACACCCAACGUAACUUCUACGUUCCCGGUCCGCGCAACUUCCACACCGAAAUUCGCAGCAGCCGUCGAUCUGUCCUCGUCGGCGAUCUUCGAAGAGGCUCUUAAGACGAGGAAAAUGCCAUCGAAGAACAUCCUGGAUAAAAUAACACUCUUCGAAGACAGCUGGAGCAACGCUAGCACGCUAAGCGAGAAAGGCUCGAAGAGCACGAGCGAGGAGACUUCUCACGACAGUUGGAACAAAGACGCGUCGUCGGGCAGCUACACGGAGACGCUAAAACCCAGCCAGAGACUGAAAAAUUUGCUGGAGAAGAACAUCCGAUCCGUCGAUCCCACCAUUCUCGACACAGUAGACUCGGCUAACUCGUCGAUCUCGGUUAAGCAAAUCGUGAAGAAUGUAGAGUCCUUCAGGACCGAUCAGGACACUUCUGCGAAGCGAUCCGCUCUCGAAAGGAACAAAUCGAAGCAGACGAGCGAGCCGAAGAUAUUUUCGAAGAUGCCGGUCCAGCAGAGGAACGAUGCUAAAGCUGAGACGAAGAAGAACUUGGAGACCCCGGUGACCAAGUUUCCGAGGAUGCCGGUCCAGCAGAGGAACGAUGCUAAAGCUGAGACGAAGAAGAACUUGGAGACCCCGGUGACCAAGUUUCCGAGGAUGCCGGUCCAGCAGAGAAACGACGCUAAAGCUGAGACGAAGAAGAACUGGGAGACGCCGGUGACCAAGUUUCCGAGGAUGCCGGUCCAGCAGAGAAACGAUGCUAAAGCUGAGACGAAGAAGAACUUGGAGACCCUGAUAGCCAAGUUUUCGGAGAAGCCGGUUCAGCAGAGGAACGAUGCUAAAGCUGAGACGAAGAAGAACUUGGAGACCCUGAUAGCCAAGUUUUCGGAGAAGCCGGUUCAGCAGAGGAACGACAUUAAAGCUGAGAUGAAGAAGAACUUGGCGUCUCCGAUAGCCAAGUUUUCGGAGAAGCCGAUUCAGCAGAGAAACGACGCUAAAGCUGAGAUGAAGAAGAACUUGGAGACGCCGGUAAUGAAGUUCUUGACCACGAGGAGAAAAUCAACGGAGUUGGAGAACGUUGUGAGGAGUAGCACGGUCCCCAGGGUGAAGAGCGUUGUUCGAGAUAUCAUCGAAACUCUGGCAGAGAAAACUGCCAGCCAAUAUUCGCUACCGCGGCAGAACCGGGUCGACGGAAUGCAUCAGAGCUUCGUGAGAAGCGUGGUGAACACACUGGAGAAACGAAGCAAGUCGGUACUCGACGAAACGAUUCGUUGCACCCAAAACGAAGAGGAUCUGGGAAGCCGAAUUGGAAGCGGAAUUGGAAGCGGAAUUGGAAGCGGAGUUGGAAGCGGUAGUGGAAGCGGGAGCGGAUACGAGUCCGAGGUGAAGUCUUGCACGACCUCCGUGUCCCCGAAGGACACCGACAGCAGCAGCGACACCGAUCAAAAGUCUCCAACGCCGGAGAACGACGACAGCCACAGGACCACCGACUUCGAUAGCACUUUGGGCAACAACAUGAACACGCAGCUCAACGAACCCCAGGACGAGGACUCCGUUUACUGGAUCCCCGUGUCAAGAUGCAAACUGCCCAGAUCGAGCUCGCUGCUGAGCAUCAUGUCGAAGCUGUCGGCUAACACGGUUCAGUUACCGAGUGUCAGCCCCAUCAAGAGCGACAGCGAGCCGGAGAAUGUUCAGUUUCCUUGGAACGCGACCUACAGGAGUACCCGACCUUUGACCAAGAAGCUGUUCCGGAUCGACGAGACCGCCGUCAUCGAUUCUGGCUACUCGGAUAAGUCCACUAGAUCUGUUGUCGGUUCCUCGGUGGCUGAUAGCACUUGGUCCGAGGACACGAAGAAUGAUAGUAGCGCCGAGGUUGGUAGCAACAGAGGCACGAGGACGUCUGCCAAGAAGCCUGUCAUUGGAAUUAGCUUCCGCGUGCAAUAUUAAGGCUUCUGACGGGACUGCCCUCUGGGAGGAUAUAUCGUUUGUUCUCGUUCAAGUAGAGCUUUAUU